CGGAGCACAUCAAGAACAGGCUAUGAAGCUUCACAAUGAUGCCUUCAAGAAGGGAAGUGGCGCCCGAGGGCGUCACCAUCAUCGUUGCCGACAAGCUAUCGGCGACUUCAUGGUCCAGCUUGAGUCAUUGCAGUUCAAGAAGAUUUUCGUGCUGGAACGUUUCAAGAAGAUUUUUGAACCCAACUGUUGGCAUUCCCAUCAACCAUUCGAAUGUGUCUUCACUACAGAAAGAUGUGCUGCUGGGGGAGACUAUGGAGCUGAGCUUCUGCUUGAUACAUAAGAUAAUUUUCCAGUUAGACAUGCUAUUCGAUCUACCGGUUGAGCAGGUGUCUAGAAUUGUAUUCUGGUUGCUGAGAUGGAGGAAUGGGCUUUGCGAGGAGAUCAACCCUCUAUGUAGCACGCACCGGUCAAGUGGGAAGUUGAAUUGUACGAGUUCAGUGUUUUAUUUUCAACCCCCCCCCCCCCCCCCCCUCUGCUGUUAUCUAAUUUCUGAAUACAGUUGGCCAACUGGCAUGAUGAAGAUAGAGUGA